AUGUUCGAGUCUUGGAUGGAUGCAAAUAAAAAAUAUCCAGAAGGUAGGAAUCUUACUUAUGCAGAGUAUCCAACUCAAUUUGUAUAUAAAGAAAGUACGCAUAAAUGGCAUCCCAGAAAACAAGGAUUUUCAAUUGGAAGAAUAAAUCAUUUUUCUGCCAAUAAUGGAGAAGAUUCCUAUCUCCGAACUUUACUUAAUUUUCAAAAGGGUUGUACAAGUUAUGAAGAUUUGAGAACGGUCAAUGGGGUGCUUUUUCCUACAUAUAAGGAUGCCUUCUAUUCUUUGGGGCUUUUGGAUGAUGACAAUGAUUACAUUGAUGCAAUUAAGGAGGCAAGUUCUUGGGGGUCAGCAACUUAUCUGAGAAAUCUGUUUGCCUUAUUGUUAUUUGGUAACUCAAUGAACAGGCCUGAAAAUGUUUUCCAAAAAGUCUGGGAAUUACUAUCUGACGAUGUUCUUUAUCGGCAUAGGCAAAGAAUUGGAUGUGAAGAUGCUUUGCUUACAGAGGAUUCUAUAAAAAACAUAACCCUUGCAGAAAUCGAUAAGGUGUUGCAAAGCAACGGAGGUGACUUUCGGCAAAUAUUACCUGUCAUUCCAAAUGGCAGUAGACAAGAUAUAGUUCAUGCAACCAUCAAUUCUUCCUAUCUAUGGUCCCAUUGUCAUCUGUUAUCUUUGACCAAGAACAUGCGUCUCAAUUCUGGAAGUAGCACUAAUAAUUUGUUGGAAAUAAAAGAAUUUUCUGAGUGGCUGCUUAAAAUAGGAGAUGGUGAUCUUGGGGAUGAUGUUGAUGGAGAAUCUAUUAUAACAAUUCCAGAUGAAUUGUUGAUCAAAGGUUCAGAAGACCCACUUUCAGAUAUUGUUGAUUUUGUUUACCCGAAUCUGAUGGAUAAUAUAUUAGAUCCUUCUUUCUUUAAAGAACGUGCUCUUCUGACUCCUAAAUUGUCCGAUGUUGCCAUGUUAAACGAGCACCUAAUGGCUGUGAUUCUGGGUGAAGAAAGGACAUUUUUGAGUUCAGAUAAGGUUUUGAAACAAGACGGUAAUUCAUCUCUUGAGGAUGGCGAAAUCUCCCCUGCUAUCUUAAAUACAUUCUCAUGUUCGGGGAUUCCUGAUCAUAAAUUAACUUUGAAGGUUAAAGUACCGGCGAUGCUAUUGAGAAAUAUUGAUCAAUCAAGAGGUUUAUGCAACGGUACGAGAUUACUUAUUAUAAAGUUGGGGAAUCAUGUUGUUGAGGCAAUUGUUCUUACAGGAAACAAUAUAGGAGAUACUGUGUUAAUCCCUAGAAUGACGAUCAGCCCAUCGGGUCAUACAUUUCCAGUAAACUUCCAAAAAAGACAAUUCCCCUUGGUAGUUUCGUUUGCAAUGACUAUCAACAAAAGUCAAGGACAGUCGUUGUCUCAUGUUGGCAUUUAUCUUCCUAGGCCUGUCUUCACUCAUGGGCAAUUAUAUGUGGCACUAUCUAGAGUAAAGAGCAGACAUGGAUUGAAGAUGCUGAUACUUGAUGAAAAUGGUUGCGUUACAAAUACUACCUUUAACAUCGUCUACAAGGAAAUUCAGUAUUCGAGGCAUAAUCAGUAUAUUAUUCCCUUGUCAUUUUUCAGAGUCAAAGGUUUUUCAUUGUAA